AUGGCGAUGCUUAUCUGCGAUUCCGACACCAACACGGGAGAUCUUGGACCGCAAGACCUUAUUCUCCGGGUGCACGGUGAUCGAUGUCCAAAUGGUCGGCCCAAGUACCAAGUCGUCAGCUCGCUCCAUCCGUCCGCGAUGCCUCUCCGUUACCCACUUCUGUUCCUCGCAGGAGAAGGUGCCUUUCACCCCAACAUUCCUCUCUGCGGGUUCAGCCAAGCUGGGCCGCCGAUCGCCAGAAACCGAGAGUAG